ACCCGUUCGACUUUUGGUCCGUUUGCAAAGCUGUCCGUAGUGAAACAAGCACGUCUAGCUCAGCUGUCAUGUAUCACCCAAACCAACCGAGAAAUUAGUUUAGCGUGAACGUCUGCAAAGUUUCAACAUUCAGAUUAUCUGUCUUACAUUUAAUCGGUAACCUUAGAAGAACCACCUUUGCCAACGUUGUUAAAAGUAAAAACAAGUAGCUGACAUUCUACGGUAGCGAGAAAUUGACGGUAACGUAUCUCCUGGUCCUUCUUUGAACGAGGGUGCAACUCGACUAGAACAAGCUGUUCUUGUUGGAUUUAUCAAUGGACGCGUUUGUACAAUUCACAAGCCAAAGUCAAGGAAGGGACCGUAUAUUCAGGGCAACCCAAUAUGCAUGUGCACUGUCGAUAUAUCUACUUCGAAACAACUCCGAAAGAAAGGACCUUGUGGCGAAACUUAAAAGUCUGGAAACCAACAUGAGUGCUGGACGAAAACUGUUAAGGCUGGGGAACACAGUAAAUUCCAUUGAGGCGGCUAAGCGAACCAUGCAACUCUCCGACCGAGUGCUGUGCCUGUGCCUUACUGCUGCCAACGUCAGCCGCGGCCUCUACUUUAUCUGCGACAAUGUACUUUGGGCCAGAAAUGUCGGUCUUAUGCGCGAUAUCGACAAGGAACGCUGGAGCCUAAAUUCCUCUCGCUUCUAUUUCCUCUCACUGGUUACGAGUCUGACGAGAGAUGUUUAUGUAGUCAUCCAGUUAAUGGCACAGAAAGCAAGAGAUAGAAACUUUAGACAGAAAAUGGAGCUGCAUCUCAAUGAGAGUCCUGAAGUAGCUGAAGCUGUUGUCCCUCAGCUGGAUGCGUUUCUCUUUCUGCUGUUGGAGAGCCUGAAAUCGCAUCCGGCUGUUGCCUUCGACAUGCUGAAAAAUGUAUGCGAUCUCUUCAUUCCUCUAGACAGGUUGGGCAUAUACCAGUCUAACGCAGGAGUGGUGGGAUUUUGCGGUUUAUUAUCCUCAGUGAUUGGGAUUGUAACCCUCACACAGCCCAAGUUGAGACUCAAACCAUGAUAACGAGGGUGCCGAUAAAAACUGCAGGUAAAAGGGUUUUAAAAGGAUUUAGUGUCGUCUACCUGGAGCUGUAAUGGUGGACCGAAGUUGACCCGGUUCACAGUGAGAUUCACAGUGAGAUUAAGCAACUUAACACGGGCACAUUUUGUAACAUUUAUGUUAGAAUAGCAUUUAUGUUUUACAUGAAACUUUAGCCCGCAAUAACUGAAGGGAUGACUGGAUUUGAUUGUUUUGUAACAGAUCACUGAUUAACUGAUUUAUCGAACUGAUCAUACUUUUAAGACACAAAAUCAAGUUUACAUAGAAGCCUUGCUGAGCAAAGGCUAAAUAUGUGUGCAUUCCUGUCUUCACCAACACCAUGUAUUACACCAUCAGUUUUGUAACUACUCUACUUGCAAAAUAAGGGCUACUUACUGAUGCAAGCUUUUGUAUUUGCACCCAUCUCUUGGAAAAAGUAAGAUCUUUGCCACUUUAUGUCCACUGUCUUCAUCUGCUCUCUGUUUGUGAUGAAAUGCUGCUAAAAGUUUUUAAAAAAGCCGCUGGGAGAUUUCAGAGGAUGGGCUUUUUUCACAGCAAACAUUUUGUCUUAUCAUUGUAAGAAAAACACAGAUGUUACCAAUAACACUAACAAUGGCACCGUACUCUCCAAGUGUCCCGGUGAGUGACAGUGAGCCAGCAUGCACAACACAAUGACUCUGGAAUCAAGGCAUCUAAAUGGAAUAUAGCCAUCAUUCAUUUCAUUGUUUAUACCUAUACUUUUCCUACUGUGACAAGUUAAAAUGUCUUCUGUGAAAAAGGCCUAUUAUUUCACUGGUUUUGUGUUUUUCAUUCUUUCAAGGCAUGGGCUGGACUUUGACUCGGUAGAUUUAACUGUAUGUUCCUUUUAAAGAGAGUGUAAUGGAAUGAUUUGAGUACAAAAAAAAAAAUCUAUAUCUUAUCUCAAUAAUGUGAUUAAUUAAAUUAAAUGUUCUAGGAGUUCUAUGCUUGUUUUUGUUUUAUCAAAGGAGUGUGUGUGUGUGUGUGUGUCCUCUAGAAAAUAAUAUGAAGACUUUAGUCCUCAAAGCUGCUGGUGACAUUUAUUAUCACACGUAUUAGUGUCUUUCAUUUCAGAUGACCUAAUGUUUUCACUGUCACAGUUGAUUGAAAAGGUUAAUAAAUGCAACAAAA